GUGACGGGGGACGCGCGGCCGCUGCGCUCUGGGCCGGCGGCCGUGGAGACGCGGACCUCAGGCUGCGGAGGCGGCUGCGCCGGCGGUCGGGGAGCCGUUGGCGGCUGAGGUGCAGCGCGCGGGCCGGGAUGAGGGACGGUGGCGGCGCGGCCCGCGCGAAGCCGGCCGUGCACCCCUUCCCUGAAGUCUGGGGCUGAAGGAGGCAUCCUCAGAAUCCUCUGAAGUCCGUUUACAUUGGUGCACUUGAAGCAAAUGGCAAUGUCACAGACACAGGACUACGAAUGCAGGAGCCAUCAUAUCGAUGGUCAGGACCCCAGGAUUCCAGGGUCCAGCACCAGGCUGGAGUGGGUAGAGAUCAUCGAGCCACGCACCCGUGAGCGCAUGUAUGCCAAUCUGGUCACUGGUGAGUGUGUGUGGGACCCACCUGCUGGCGUGCGCAUCAAACGUACCAGCGAGGACCAGUGGUGGGAGCUCUUUGACCCCAACACAUCACGCUUCUACUACUACAGUGCUGCUUCGCAGCGCACUGUGUGGCAUCGCCCACAGAACUGUGACAUCAUCCCACUUGCCAAGCUGCAGACACUGAAGCAGAACACUGAGUCCCCGCGUGUCUCUGCUGACAGCAGCCCUGGGCGAGGCAGCCGUGAUGGUAGCACAGGAUCCUCAUUGGAACCGGAGCCUGAUGCUGCCACUGAAAGGGCACAGGAGCUUCAGGCCAGGGCCGGUCGACCAGCCACACUGGGGACCUCGAAGGAAGAGAGCAGCAGUUCUUCACCACCGGGUAUGUUCCUGGAGAAGGAGUAUGAGGUUUAUCAAGAUUACAGUGUGGACAGCCAGCUCCUUCACUACAGGACCUCCUCACUUCGGUGGAACUCAGGCACCAAGGAGCGAAUGCUCAUCAAAGUUGCUGACAGAGAGCCCAGCUUCCUUGCCCCUCAGGGCAAUGGCUACUCCCUGGAUGGCCAGCCUGGGGGUCGCCCCCGCAGACCCUCUGGUAGCCAGCACUCACCCAACUUACAAACCUUCACCCCUGACUCAGAUGGCACUGUCUUCUUCCCUGAGAGACGUCCCUCACCAUUCAUGAGGAGGGCCGAACUCUCUGGGAGCUGUUCACCAUUGCUUGCACAGCCCCGAAAGCCCUCCAGCGAUUCUCAGCCCUCCUCCCCUCGCUAUGGCUAUGAGCCCCCCCUCUAUGAGGAGCCCCCUGUGGAAUACCAGGCCCCCAUUUAUGAUGAGCCCCCCAUGGAUAUGCAGUUUGAAGCCAGUGGCCCCUACCAGGUGGGCUCACCACAGAGGUCUCCAGGCCGAAAGCCCCGCCCGUUCCUGCCAGCAGCCAAGCAGGCUCCCACCUCACCCUGCCAGCAGCUGGUGCGCACUAAGCAGAAGUGUCCCGAACGCUUUCUGAGUCUGGAGUACAGCCCGGUGGGCAAGGAGUAUGUGCGGCAGCUGGUAUAUGUGGAGCAGGCAGGCUCCAGCCCCAAACUUCGUGCAGGACCAAGGCACAAGUAUACACCCAACCCAGGUGGCGGCUCCUACUCCCUUCAGCCCAGCCCCUGCUUACUAAGGGACCAACGCCUGGGUGUCAGGUCUGGAGACUAUAGUACCAUGGAGGGGCCUGAGCCACCACGGUCAGGCCAGCCAUCCACAUCACUGCCCCAAACCCAGGAGGAUGCCAUGUCCUGGUCCAGCCAGCAGGAUACCAUGUCCUCCACGGGCUAUUCCCCAGGUACCCGAAAGAGAAAGAGUAGAAAGCCCUCUCUCUGCCAAGUCCCUAGUGCCGCCUCCACUGAUGGCCCAGGGGACCUGCUAGGCGAGCAGCCCCUGGCUGAGGAGCGCUCCCCAUGUGGACCCAGCCUCACUCAGAUGAAGCGUGCAGAGGCUGAGGCAGAUGUGGCACGAGGUGCAGCUGAGCCCUUCAUGGCUCAGGCACGGCUGGCAUGGGAGGCACAGCAGGCCCACUUCCACAUGAAGCAGAGGGGCAGCUGGGACUCCCAGCAAGAUGGCUCAGGGUAUGAGAGUGAUGGCGCUGUGCCACUACCCAUGCCUGGGCCUGUGGUGCGUGCCUUUAGUGAGGAUGAGGCACUGGCCCAGCAGGACAGCAAGCACUGGAAGCGGAGCACCUUCGAGAAGCUUGGCUUUCCCCAGAUCCUGCUAGAGAAGAGUGUCUCUGUGCAGACCAACCUGGCCUCACCGGAACCUUACCUCCACCCCUCACAGUCUGAAGACCUUGGUGCCUGUGCCCAGUUUGAGAGCAGCCGGCAGAAUCGCAGUGCAAUACCCAGCUCCAGUUGUGUCUUCCCCACCUUCACACUACGCAAGCCCUCAUCAGAAACAGACAUCGAGAACUGGGCCUCCAAGCAUUUUAACAAGCAUACUCAGGGCCUCUUCCGGCGGAAAGUGUCCAUUGCCAACAUGCUGGCCUGGAGCAGCGAGUCUAUCAAGAAGCCCAUGAUUGUGACCAGUGACCGGCAUGUAAAGAAGGAGGCUUGUGAGAUCUUCAAGUUGAUCCAGAUGUACAUGGGUGACCGGAGGGCUAAGACAGACCCCUUGCAUGUGGCCCUGGAGAUUGCCACCAAAGGCUGGAGUGCACAGGGUCUUCGGGAUGAGCUGUACAUACAGCUGUGCAGGCAAACCACUGAGAACUUCCGCCUGGAGAGCCUAGCUCGUGGCUGGGAACUCAUGGCUAUCUGCUUGGCCUUCUUCCCUCCCACACCGAAGUUCCACUCCUACCUAGAGGGCUACAUCUACCGGCACAUGGACCCCGUCAAUGACACCAAAGUGACACAGCACAUAAAAGAGCUUCUGGAAAGGAACAGUAAGAAGAAGUCCAAACUGAGAAAGAAACCCAAGCCUUAUGUUGAAGAGCCGGAUGGGGUAGCGAUAAGCACCUACGCCAAGUACUGCUACCACAAGCUGCAGAAGGCGGCUCUGACAGGGGCCAAGAAGGGGCUGAAGAAGCCCAAUGUGGAGGAGAUCCGUCACGCCAAGAAUGCCGUGUUCAGCCCAUCAAUGUUCGGUAGCGCACUGCAGGAAGUCAUGAGUAUGCAGAAGGAGCGUUACCCUGACCGCCAGCUGCCCUGGGUACAGACUCGGCUCUCUGAGGAAGUGCUAGCGCUGAAUGGUGACCAGACGGAGGGCAUAUUCAGGGUUCCUGGAGACAUUGAUGAGGUAAAUGCCCUGAAGCUGCAAGUGGACCAGUGGAAGGUACCUACAGGCCUGGAGGACCCUCACGUUCCUGCAUCCUUGCUGAAGCUGUGGUACAGGGAGCUGGAGGAGCCCCUGAUCCCCCAUGAGUUCUACGAGCAGUGCAUCGCACACUAUGAGAACCCAGAGGCUGCCGUGGCCGUGGUGCAUGCGUUGCCACGCAUCAAUCGCAUGGUGCUGUGCUACCUCAUCCGCUUCCUCCAGGUGUUUGUGCAGCCCGCCAAUGUAGCCAUCACCAAAAUGGAUGUCAGCAACCUGGCCAUGGUGAUGGCGCCUAACUGCCUACGCUGCCAGUCGGAUGACCCACGCAUCAUCUUCGAGAACACUCGCAAGGAGAUGUCCUUCCUGCGCGUGCUCAUCCAACACCUGGAUACCAGCUUCAUGGAGGGCAUACUAUAGCCUGAGGCCAGGACUUGGGUUGGGGCAGCGCACGCGGAGGGAGGGAGGGAGGGAAGGCCCUAGCGGGGCAGCAUGCCAAGCCCCGCCCAACACCCCACCUGCCCACCCCGGACCCGCCUGGGCAGAACAGCCGCACGCCACCUCGCGGCCAGUUCAGCGGGCACUGGCUCUUCCCGCCGGCCACAGGCCAGCCCUGAGAAGUGCCUUCUGUUUCCCAGAGCCGAGCGUCACUGCCCCCCAACCCUGGCCGAAGCACACGUCAGGCUGCCCCGGGCGGCCUAGCCCCGGCAUUGUCAAGCGGCUCCAGCCCCAGCUGGAGGAGACUGAGGGAAGCCCCCGGCCGGAAGCUGCGCGAGCGUCCAGGGCCCUGGGCUGUCCACCACCAGAGCGCGGCCCCGCUGGCCCAGGGCCUGUAGCUCUCGGGUGCGGGGAGGCCCCAAACCAAAGUCCUCUG